CCGGGCUCAGCGGGAAGCUCUCGUAGUAGUUGUGCCGGGUCCAGUCGAGCGAGUCCUUGAGCUCGGGCCGCGCACUCCGCUUGGCCUCGCGGAUGCGCUUCUUGCUCUUGUGGUUCAUCCUGAGCAGGUCACCGUCUGGUUCCGCCACGACCUCGACGCAGCUCGCUUCCUGCCACCAAAUGCGCCCUCUCUGGCUGGCGCGGCACCGAAACGCCCUUCACUCCGGCAAGGCGCCUUUAAAGUCGCCUUCCAGAAAAUUCACUCCCCAGCCACCUCCGGAGCUUCGGGUUGGGCGAGACGCGGCCGUCCUCCCCGCCCCACGGCCUCUUGCGGACCGCCAUUGGCCUCAGCGAUCUGCGAGAUCCGCCUUCACGCGCGCCGAUUGGGCGCCAUGUUGGGAAGGUCGCCUUGCUGACGCCCUGCCCCUCCCGGCUGCGGCCUGCGCACCACUUCCGGCUGCGCGUCGCUUCCUAGAGGCCGCUUCCGGCCAGGCUCGCUGCUGCAGCUGCUUUCUGUUUGGAGAGCGUCCAGCAGGCUCGUCUGGUCUCGCGGCCACGUGGCACAGCCCCACCGGCCUGGCGUCGCUGCGCGCGUAUCGCCCUCCACCGCCCCCUGACCUGGGGUCCCCCGACUCCCCUCCGUGCGAGCGCGGCCUCAUGGCCGGGGCCCAGCGCUUUCGGUUCCGGGAGGAGCCAGGCCCUGGAACCGACGGGGCCGUGCUGGAGGUCCGCGUCCCGCAGGUCCUGCAUGUCCAAUAUGGGAUGUAUGUUUGGCCCUGUGCUGUAGUCCUGGCCCAGUACCUGUGGUUUCACAGAAGAUCUCUGCCAGGCAAAGCCGUCUUAGAGAUUGGAGCUGGAGUGAGUCUUCCAGGGAUUUUGGCUGCCAAAUGUGGUGCUGAAGUAAUACUAUCUGACAGCUCAGAACUGCCCCACUGUUUGGAUGUUUGCUGGCAAAGUUGUCAACUGAAUGACCUGACACAGGUACAAGUUGUAGGACUGACAUGGGGCCAUAUAACGAAGGACCUACUGUCUUUGCCACCACAAGACAUCAUUCUUGCAUCUGACGUGUUCUUUGAACCAGAAGACUUUGAAAGCAUUUUAGCCACAGUCUACUUUCUGAUGCAGAGGAACCCCAAAGUUCAGUUUUGGUCUACCUACCAGGUCAGAAGUGCGGACUGGUCACUUGAAGGCUUGCUCUUCAAGUGGGAUAUGAAAUGUGUCCAUAUUCCUCUGGAGUCUUUUGAUGCAGACAAGGAAGACAUAGCAGAGUCUACCCUCCCAGGAAGACAUACUGUUGAAAUGCUGGUGGUCUCCGCAAAGAACAGCUCCUGAAUUGUACCUCAAGCUGUUCAGGGACAGUGUCAAGAGUGAAUAACCUGGCAUUAAGGGGAGCUGUCUCCAGUGGGCCUGAAGAUGGCUUUAAGACUGUGAUGUCAUGCCCAAGAAAUUCAUGGGCAGUGUAACUUUUAACAAAUUAAAACACUUAAAAAAGGACUU